AUGAGUUACCCCACAUACACCGGUGUUUUCUCGGACGACAUGGCGGCGUACGAGGACGAGGCAGACGAGGAGGCACUUCCGUGGAUUGUGUGGUUCUGCGAACUGAAGAGCCAUGAGUUUUUCUGCGUUGUGGACCGUGAGUUUAUUGACGAUGAGUUUAACCUCACGGGGCUGUCCACCAUGGUCUCCUUCUAUCACUACGCGCUUGACCUCAUCUUAGACCUGGAAACACAGAACAGCGCUCGGCUAACGGCGGAGCAGCAACGUCUUGUGGAGUCCUCAGCGGAAACUCUUUACGGUCUUAUUCACGCCCGCUUCAUCACGACGCAACGCGGGCUUAAACUUAUGGAGGAGAAAUUUGCCGAAGGGGAAUUUGGCCGAUGCCCCCGCGUUUUCUGCGGCGGGCAGGCGGUAUUGCCGGUGGGGCAGAGUGACGUUGUGCGUGAGAGCUCCGUCAAGUUGUACUGCCCGAAAUGUCAAGACAUUUAUUACCCGCGCUCCUCACGUCACCGCACACUCGACGGUGCGUUUUGGGGGACGACAUUUCCACACCUCUUUCUUAUGCACCUGCGCGAGAAUGGCAAGGUGAUUGCGAAGCCGAAGCAGCACUACGUGCCGCGCAUCUACGGCUUCCGCCUGCGUGAGAAAGGGAACGCCAAGGAGGAGCAUGACGAUGAGCAGAUAGCAGCAAGGGUAGAGACGGAAGAGACGGAGGAGAGAGCGGCGGAGGUUUCUGUCGGGGAGAGCAACACACCGGCAAACACCCCCAAUAACUCGCGCCUGGCGCGUGACUGCUUUAGAGACCCGAAUGGUGAACGUGCCGAGGCACCUCAACGCUGA